CUGCACCGGGGCUGACGGCAGAGAGCCGCACAGGUAGACCGCAAAGGACUCCCGCCAGCCUACCUAGCGCCACUUCUGUCUCUGCGCCACACGGGGUGGAGAGUCUGCGGAGGAGAGAGCCUCAGCGUCGCCGCAUCCCGCAUCCCGCUCGGGUCACCUCAGCGCUCGCGUGGCCGGCAUUCCUUCCCGUCGAAGAUGACACCUGGCGAGCGAAGAGCCGCAGUCAUGUCCUACUCGGUGGCGAUUGUCGGAGCCCUGCUGCUUCAGUCCGUCUCCUCUCAGAACGAACCGUCCAUUUCCACCUCUGAACACACCACGCUGUCCAAGGAAAGCGGCACUUACACGCUGCAGUGCAACCUGACCAGCAGCAGUCCACCCCAGGAGAGCUACUGGAUGAAGAACGGGGAGGAGAUCCCCGAAACACGCAGCCCAAAUAGGCAGACAGAGUACAAGCUGAACAAACCAAGAGGAGACGACGCCGGAUGGUACAUGUGUGUCUACACCUUCGAGAUGUCUCCUCCGGCGAACGCCACCAUAGAUAUUAGAUCUGCGCCGGACAUUAUCGGCCACAAGCGCAGUGAGAAUAAAAACGAGGGCCAAGUUGCUGUCCUGUACUGUAAGUCUGUUGGAUAUCCUCACCCUGCCUGGACCUGGCAUAAGUUCGACGACGGCGUCCACAGGGAAAUUGACAACACGAGUGGGCGUUUCUUCAUCAACAGCAGAGACAACUACACCGAGCUCAACAUUAUGGACCUGGACAUUGUCUCUGAUCCAGGCGAGUAUCACUGCAAUGCAACCAACAUGUUCGGCAGCCGUGACCAGAUGAUCCUGCUGAGGGUUCGCAGCAACUUGGCCCCCCUGUGGCCUCUGCUGGGGGUUUUGGCCGAGAUCAUCAUCCUGGUCGUCAUCAUCGUCGUUUAUGAGAAGCGUAAGAAGCCGGAGGAUUUACAAGACGAUGAUGACUCUCCAGGUCCAGUCAAAACCAACUCGACCAACAACCACAAGGACAAGAAUCUCCGCCAGAGGAAUACAAACUAAGCGGCCCGUCUGCUGAGUUUCCAUUACACAUGUCCUGACCAUAUGAAGGUAAACCGGAAAGGAAUCCAUUCCAGUUGUUUUGGAGGAUGUACAUGCCACUACAAGUAUUGUGGUGGAGGAAUUCGAUGACGCAUGCCUUAUGUUAUUGUUACCAUUACAAACAUUGUUGCUGCAUGCGGUUGUUGGUGUUUUAAAGAUUUUUAGUUUCCUCUCAUCGCUCGAACUUACAUUUUUACUACUUCUACAAUAAUGCAUGCAAGACGUCGACCUUCUGUUUGAUACGGAAACGGCUUUUUUUUUGUUUGCUCUUCUCUGAGAGUGGCUUCAUUUAGAUAAUCUGUACUGUGUGUUCUAAAAGGAAAAACAAGACUCGGCAAUGGGAAGAAAAUGCCAGUCGAAUCGGGUAUGACAGUUAUGUACGGUUUGAUCAUACCACUGCACACCAGUAUGUUAGAAAAUAUAUGUAACUCAUUUUAAUUUUGCAACGACCCUCUCAAUUUGAAUAAGAUUUACUUUACUGUAUGUCUUAAAUCACUAUAACUACUACGAUCGCGUUAAUAUAAAUACCAUUCAUACAAUAUGAUGCACUUAAAUGUUUAGAAUAAUAAACUGUAUAAACCGACUUUAGGAAAUCU